GCCAGCCUCAGCGCCUCGCUAGCACAAGCUUCACGGCGCAGGGACGAGGAAGUACGCAGAGCGGUUAGAAGGAAGGGGGGCGUGAUGGGUAGAGGGGAAGAGGAGGAGGGAAGAGGGAGGGAAGAGGGGAAGGGGGAGAGUGGUGGUUUUGUUGGUUGUUCUGUUGGUGGUGGUUCUGUUGGUGGUGCUUCUGCGAAGGGUGUUGGGGGGCGGUUUGAUGGGGGAGAUGAGAGUGUUGCGGACGCAAGAGACGUUGGUGAGAAGGAAGAGGAGGAGGAGGAGGAGGGAGAGGCUGCUGGAGACGCUGCCGGAGACGCUGCUGGAGAAGAGACGGGCGAGAUAAGAGGAGCGGGCGAGAUAAAAGACAAAGGAAAAGGAAAAGGAAAGGCAAGAUGCACGGAAGAGGAGGUGCGAGAUAUAAAAGGGAAGGGAAAAGGAAAGGCCAGACGCACGGAAGAGGAGGAGCUGCGCGAGAAACAGGCAAUGAUCGCUCAGUGUAUGGCUGAGAUGCAGGUUGCAAGUGAGGAGCUACGCAGGUCCGACGAGGAGCUACGCAUGGCGACCGAGGAGCUUCGCAGGGCAGAUGAAGAGAUCGCGCGCUUGGAUGCUGAGAUGGAGGACGAGGAGGCGAGGGAGGAGGAAGAGUGGCGGCGUAUUGCUGAGCGAGACACCAGGAAGAGAGUUAAAUUGGCUGGACGAUGUGAGCACGUAAGGUCCUUCGGCGAGUCGUCUCGAGGCGCUGGGACGCAUGAGCCCGCCGUCAGAGUCGCUGUGUCAGAUACAACCGGUGGCUCCAGCUCAGGUUCUCUUUUCACCUUUCUCAACGCUACAGACGUCGAUCAAGACACGCCCUCACUGCGAGGUGGCAAUGCCUCAUCUCCAGACGACGACCCAGCGGCUCUCCUCGAUGAGCUGCGUAGCCUCGUGCGAACCGCACACGCACCAGAAGCACGGAACGACGACGCAGGCCCGAACACAGAUGAUAUCAGACAGAUGCUCGCGGAGCUUGACCAAGCGCCGUCUUCCGCCCACACACCACCAGCCGCAGACACCGACACUGAUCCACGACAGAUGCUCGCCGAGCUUGCUAGGCUGUCAAACCCCGUCUCUCAACGUGUCAGCUCUCCCACUGACCAAGACGAGGAGGGAGACGAGGAGGGAGACGAGGAGGAAGACGACGAUCAUCCUGCUCCAAGCCAGACUCCAGAACCUCCGCUCACCCUCCAACGAAACACCACCAGAGCCCGCCUCCAACACCAUCACUACCCCCCUCGACCCAAAAGCACUCCCCUACCUCAUCGCCCUCCACCUCGAAUCCGCAAACUGCGCCUGGGAGCACGCCCAAGCCUGGACGUCCCUCCUCUUCAGCAACAAGACCACCGCGCAGCAAGAAUCCACCCAGCAAGAUCUCGCCCGCGCACUCGCUCACGCUGAAACCCGUCUCCAAGCCAUCAUCGCCAGCGUCACCCUCGAACACCACGCCGACCGCCGCGCCGCGCAUCAAAAGGUCUUGCAGCGCCGCCUGGUCGUGAGCAAUCUCGCGGCUGCGGCGGGGAGGGAGGAGAUUGAGGGCCUGUUCUGGGUGCAUCGGUCGGAUGUGUGGGUCUCCCCUGCUUGAUGUUUUACUGCCUUUGCGUUUGACUGCUUUCACGUCCGACGUCCCUUCACGUCCUACGUCCCUUCACGUCCUGCGUCCAAAGUGCUGACAGUGCUUUCUCUAGCCUCGAAAUCACGUUCCUGCCCGAGCGCGAUCC